UACAUUUAAACAGGUUUAAAGUGAGAGAGUUUGAGGUUGGUUGGUUGGGUUCUGUUGUGUUGUGUUGUACAGUAGCACAGGGGGGCGUGCUCAUCACCCGAAAGUGACCUGGUGUUGGGAGAAACAGGUGGAUGCAGGUCAGACUGGAGACUGAGUGCACACGGAGCAUCUCGCCUUUGAGGUAAAACUGCUCAGUUUUGGGUUCCUCCAUCAGAGCAACUGCUUUCCUUCGUUGGACAUUUCAACCCCAACAUUCGAAUGCAUUUGUCACUGGACACUAUGAAUAUGGUGGAUGACAGCUGUCUUUCGCCCAGUAACUUCCACGAUAUGGUGAAAGUAGGGGGUGCGGUGGUGGGUGCCCGUGUCCACAGCAUAGAUGUCAUCUUGGGCUUCAACAAGGACCAGGAUCCUUUACUCAAUCCUGGAGGUAAUGUUGUAUCUCAUAAUGUUGGAGGGGAGAGUCUUGGAGAUCCACGGGACCAAGACCAGCGGACACAAACCUACGGACACCUGCAAACCCUGAGGGACACCUCAGAACAGCCUGCGUUUCAUGAUGCUGAUAUAUUCUCCAACAAAUGUGAUGGGGAGUUGGGCGACCUGCAGAAGUCAAUCGAGAGUGACAGCAAGUCUCCAGUCUCCGAUGGUGAGCAGCCCAAGAAAAAGCACAGGCGUAACCGUACUACCUUCACCACCUACCAGCUGCACGAGCUGGAGCGAGCCUUCGAGAAGUCCCACUACCCUGACAUCUACAGUAGAGAAGAGCUGGCCAUGAAAGUUAACCUCCCUGAAGUUCGAGUACAGGUUUGGUUCCAGAAUCGAAGAGCCAAAUGGAGGCGACAGGAGAAAAUGGACAUGAGCACCAUGAAGCUCCACGACUCCCCUAUGCUGUCCUUCAACCGGCCGCCCAUGCACCACACUAUGGGCCCCAUGAACAACACACUGCCCCUUGACCCUUGGCUGACCUCCUCUCUGUCCAGUGCAACUCCAAUGCACAGCAUCCCAGGGUUCAUGGGUCCCACACAAGGCCUUCAGACAGGCUACCCCAGUCACAGCUUCCUCAGCUCACCCCAACCCAUGACCCAGAGCAUGCAGCCCAUGGCACCACCACCAUACCAGUGUCCCCCUCCCUUCACUGACAAAUACCCCCUGGAGGACGUAGAUCAGCGCAGUUCAAGCAUCGCCGCUCUCAGGAUGAAAGCCAAGGAACACAUCCAGUCCAUGGACAAAACUUGGCAACCAAUGUGCUAAGACAGAGUAUAACUCUAGUUCGUUGACUGAGGGCCUUCAAGUUUCUUGGUGACUUAAAGGCUAAUGAAGAACCGUUUUGCUUGUCUUGGAUGACUUGUUCUCCUGGUCAGGAACGUUGUGUGUAGAGUCAUGUUCAUUUUAUUCCACGAUUAUUGACAUUUUUGCAACUGGAUGUUAACACUUCUCCAAGAAAACCAGCAUCGUUUGGGUUAAGACCUCUAUGCUAGGACAUAUGAAAAUUUGUAAGACAUUUCACUCUGCAAUUUUGUUCAGAGAAGUCUCACUGUUUACUUAGUUGCAAGGCACACAUUGGCACGCUUAUAAACAAGUUUGGUUUCAGUUCGUUGUCUUUACAGUUCAAACAGCUUUGCAUCUAGGAGUCCUAUCAUGAUUAGUCAGUUACAGAGUUUCUGGAUGAAGAGUUACUGAAAUGUGAAUUCAGAGGGCAUGCUUUGUAUCACAUGACCUCUGUCUGCAAAUUCACACUUUCCUCUAAUGGACUGCUAUAGAUGUUUUGGGUUGACAGAAGAUCUUUCAGGGUGAGAUGAGCCAUAAAUACAGUUCAUGUUUCGAAAAGUCUUCUUCAAGUAUUUCCACAGGCAGCUAAGCAAUUAGCAAACUCCCAUUUCAAUCACAAAGGUGCAUCUAAUAAAAACGAGACAGGGCAGAAAUGAUUAGCUUGUGGUGUUUAAUCUGUAGGCAUAAUCAUUUCCUGGACAUGCAGUACCUCACCCCGCCAUUACUCCCUCUGAGCCCAUUGACCCAAGUCCGAUCUUUUUGUUUGAAUUUAUUUAGAGGGAAAGACAGUCACCAAUGAUCAUUUUAAAAGUGGUCAAAUCAAAUGCAUCUUCAUCUAUUUAUGCCCCACAAACCUGCAAGUGGGACUUGCUAAUUAUUUUCCUACAGAAACUCACUCAGUUCAUGUUGCCAGACAUUUUGUAGCAAAAAAUGUGUAUUUGUGUUUUCCACUAAAUGUUUAGGAAUGUAGGGGAUGACUGAAUUAUUUCCUUGAAGGAUCUAUGCUUACUAAUAGUUUUAAAAGUUUACUUUUACUCCCCCCACAAUUGUUACAGGACCAUUCAGCCCAAACAUUAGUUUACAAACCGAAUCCAUCAUGUUUACAUGACUUGCACAAUUUAAAUAAUUGAAAAGCCAAAGUUAAAUAGCAAUAUGAAAAUAAUGGGUAAAUUAAUACGUGUAUGUGUGUGCGAUGUUAUUUUUGUCCAAAAAUACGUAUGUGGUAAUGUGUCCUAGACGUUUUUACGGAACAACUGAUGUCAACAAAUGUUCUUUAAA